AUGGAGGCCAUGAGAAGGCUUGUCCUCUUGGCCGUCUUCAUUGUGCCAUGUUUGGCGGAGUUGAACUGGACCAAGUCUGAAGGCAAAUCAAGCUGCCAGUCCAGCUUGGGAGGCUCCAGCCAAUCAGAUGCCCACAGGGCCCUAAUCCUGCAACUCAAUCCCAAUGAGGACUGUACCUGGACAGUAGAAAGACCAGAAAAUAAAAACAUCAGAAUCAUCUUUUCCCAUUUCCAGCUUGAUCCUGAUGGAAGCUGUGAAAGUGAAUACAUUAAAGUUUUUGAUGGAAACUCUACCAACGGGUCUCUGCUAGGGCAAAUCUGCAGUAAACAUGACUACAUUCCUGUUUUUGAAUCAUCCAGUUCAUUAACGGUUCAAAUCAUCACCGACUCUGUAAGACUUCAAAGAACUGUGUUCAUCUUCUACUACUCAUUCCCUUCUGGCACCUCUAUUCCAAACUGUGGUGGUUACUUGGACUCCUUAGAAGGAUCUUUUACCAGCCCCAAUUACCCAAACCCACACCCUGAGCUGGCUUACUGCGUAUGGCACAUACAAGUGGAGAAAGGUUACAAGAUAAAAUUAAACUUCAGAGACGUUUUCUUAGAAGGGGACGAACACUGCAGAUUUGAUUUCAUUGCUGUCUAUGAUGGUCCCUCCACCACCACUGGCCUGAUUGGACAAGUGUGUGGCUAUGUGAGGCCCACCUUCGAAUCCUCGUCAGACUCAUUGACCGUGGUGCUAUCGACAGAUUACGCCAACUCCUACCGGGGCUUUUCUGCUUCCUACACUUCAAUUUAUGCAGAAAAUAUCAACACUACAUCUUUAACUUGCUCCUCUGACAAGAUGAGAGCCAUCAUAAGUAAAUCCUACCUGGAAUCAUUUACAUACAGUGAGAAUAACAUACAACUGAAUGACCCAACUUGCAGACCAAAAAUAUCAAACGUGGUGGAAUUUUCUAUCCCUCUUGAUGGAUGUGGGACAAUCAAAAAGGUAGAAGAUCAUUCAGUUACUUACACCAAUAUAAUCACUCUUAUUCCAUCCCCCACGUCUCAAGUGAUCACCCGUCAGAAACAUCUCCAGAUUGUUCUGAAGUGUGAAAUGGAAUCUAAUUCUACCGUGGAGAUGAUGUACAUAACAGAAGAUGACGUAAUACAAAAUCAAAGCGCACUGGGCAAAUAUAACACAAGCAUGGCUCUUUUUGAAACCGAUUCAUUUGAACAGCCUAUACUGGAGUCACCGUAUUAUGUGGAUUUGAACCAAACACUUUUUGUGCAAGUCAGUCUGCGUACCUCAGAUCCAAAUUUGGUGGUGUUUCUGGACACCUGCAGUGCCUCUCCCACGCCUGACUUCGCAUCUCCAACCUAUGACCUAAUCAAGAGGGGAUGUAGUCAAGAUGAGACUUGUAAGGUGUAUCCCUUAUCUGGACACUAUGGAAGAUUCCAAUUUAAUGCCUUUAAAUUCUUGAGACGUCUGGGCUCCGUAUAUCUGCAGUGUAAGAUCUUGAUAUGUGAUCAUAGUGACCAUCAGUCUCGCUGCAACCAGGGCUGUGUCUCUCGAAGGAAACGAGACAUUUCUUCAUACAAAUGGAAGACUGAUUCUGUCAUAGGACCUAUUCGUCUGAAAAGGGAUCGAAGUGCAAGUGGAAAUCCAGGAUUUCAGGAUCAAAUACACAGAGAAGAAACUCAGAAUCAACCUUCCGACAGUCUGCAUCUGUUUUCAUUCAUGGUCCUUGCUCUGAAUGUCGUGAUUGUGGUGGCGAUCAUAGCGAGGCAUUUUGUGAAUCAGAGAACAGACUACGAAUACCAAAAGCUUCAGAAUAUGAACUAACCAGUUCAGCCUUCAGACACAUUUCUCCCAAAUGCCAAAGGAAAUGCUGCUUCAUGGCUACACAUUAUGAAUAAAUUGGGGAUAACCCCAUAAAAAUGACACACAUGUCCUGCUGUCACCAUGUUCAGAGUGUGCUGUCUUGCAGGGGUGAUUGAAAUGAACAAACAUUAUGUCCAUGCUAAAGAACUGAAGCCACCAACAUAUUAAAUGAAUUAGAAAUGUCCUUUGUGCGUGAAACAUUCUCAGU